CUAUCUUCUAUGAUGUAAUAUAAAUUUUUAGUACAGAAUAAUAAAUCAAUAUUUUUGUAAUAUUUUUAUUUAUUCUACAAUAUUGUUCUGUGCAACUGUGCAACUGUGCAAGCCUCUUUUGGAUUAAUCGUUGAAAAUUCUUGUAUUUUGUUUUUCUGUCAAACUAAUUAAAUCUAUAGUUCCAAAAAUGAAUAAACGAAAAAUAGAAGAAGAGAUUUUUCAACAGAAUAAGUUUGAAAAGUUAAAUAAUAUAGCUGAUUCUGAAGAAGACGAUGAUGACAGUGUUGAUGAGAGUAACUAUGAUGUAAUGCAAGAGCAAGAUAUUGAAGGCCAAGAAGAAGGAGUUGUUGGACAAGAUGGUGAGAUACGAAUCACACCUUUUAAUAUGCAAGAAGAACUUGAAGAAGGGCACUUUGAUAAAGAAGGAAUGUAUCAUUGGAAAAAAGAAAAAGAUGUACAGGACAACUGGCUAGAGAACAUUGAUUGGUGUAAAAUUAAAGAUAUAUCGAAAGAAAAAAAAGAAGCUGAUGAAAGUGUAGAAGAUAAUAUAGAGUUUAAUGUAAAUGCUGCGUAUAAAGAAAUCAUUAGCAUGAUGGAGCCCAAAGAGACCAUUUCAAAAUCAUUAAGGCGUUUAGGUGGAAACAAACGACUUACAACUGCUGAAAGGUGGAAAUUGAAAAAGGCGGGAUUAAGCACCGAUGAAGGUUCGUCUUCAAAAGUCACUAGACUUACAGAGCUUGCUAAUCAAAUUUUAACAGCUAAUGGCAACAUGGAUGUUUAUCAAGAAACUUAUGAGCAGAUUUCUCAAAUUAUUUCAAAAUCGGAAAAGAAAGGACAACCAUCAACUUCCAUGUCAUCAGAUUUGGAUAUGUAUGCGGAAGAUUUUGAUUUAAAAGAAAAAGAGAAAUUAGAAAGUACAAUCCAGAGUGGUCAAGAAGAACCAGAAGAAUCAGAAGAACUAUUGACGGGAGAGUCAUUACAGUGGGAAUACAAGUUUUCAUUAGAAAGUAAUGAAGUAUUUGGUCCUUACAAUACUGAGCAAAUGCAGAAAUGGAAAGUAGAAGAUAAAUUUAAAGAACCCAUUUGGGUACGUAAAUGUAAUUCAAACAGUGAUUUUCAUUCAUUUAAACGUGUUGAUUUUGAACUUUAUUUAUAAGUAUUUUAAUGUAUGUGUUUAUUGAAUUUACGACAUAUUAAAUAUAGUAGUAUUAUAAAGUAUAGUUAAAAUUGAUUUUAAAUUGGGAACCUUAAAGUUUUGAGACAUAUUAUAAAGGAACAAAAGAAAAUCAAAAGUUUCAUUUCCCAUUUAUUCCUGGUAACAUUAUGAAUCCUUGAUUCAAAAUCAUCAAAUUCGUAAUACUAAUUGUUUAUUUUCAAAUAAUAGUAAAAUAAUAACAUCAAAUCAUAAUAUCUGAAAAGUUAUUUUGAUUAUGUUGUUUAAUUAGCUUACACUUUGUUGAAUAUGUAAUUGGAAAUUGUACAAUUAGUGAAUUAAAUACAUACAUACAAUAUA